AUGCAGCAGCCCAAGAGGAAAAACGCCCGAAAACAGAAUAGCCAGACGAGCCAGAAGCCCCUCUGCAACGCGGCAUCGCACAAAGGGGAAGCCACGAGCGACUUCGUGUUCUUGCCCGUUGUUGCCCAACGAGCCACGGCUGCGGAUUACGGAUUACAGAUUACGGAUUACGGCAGGAGCGAUAAACACGACAGCCAACGCAAACACCCCCUCCUCCAACAACAUCAUAUCGCUGCCCCCUACCCUAUAUCGCGACCUGACUAUACCGUGCUGUUGGCCGCGCAUCCACUCUUCCUGCACUGCCGUCUGCCACCUGUCGCAUCAGCAACGAACGCGGCCUUGAACAACAAACGCCGUGCCCAUCAACAAGACGUCGACGACCGCGUCUGCGAAACGGACCCGAGCCAUCGCACCACAUCGCACCACAACCCACGAACAUACAUCAACGAAGAGCGAUAG